AUGAGCAACCAUGAUGUACAAUUUACUUGUUAUUGUUCAAUUUGUAAAAAACAACAAUAUUUCCUUGUUCCUAAUCCAAAAAUUAAAACCACUAGAUUAUGCGUUCUUAUACUCUCUUCACUCAGAUGUCUUAAACCAUUAAAUGAAUAUUUUCAAUUAAAAACAGAUAUUUAUGAUUUUAUUACUGAUCAUUGGCAUUUAUUAGGAAGAUUAAAACUUUUUCAACAACAAAAUUGGAAGAAAGCAAUUCUUGAUGCAUUUAAUCAUUGCCCACAAAUAGAAAGUGGAAAAGACAAAUCAGUUGGAAGAGGUUUUUAUAAAUUAAAGAAUAAAUAUGAUAAUAAUGCCUCUGAAAAGGUUGAACUAAAAACAGAAUUAUAUCAACAAUACGAAGAAUUACAAAAUAUUUUAAACAUAAAUAUAAAGAAAUUAUGUUUAUUAUAUAGAAAAGGAUUUAAAACAGAGUUAUUUAUAAAUAAUAAUAUUUAUUCACUUGUUAAUGCUCAAAUUAUGCAAGCUCGUCAUAUCGGUAAAAUGAAAUUAUCUAUUUGUAAUUUAGAUUAA